GACCAGCUGGCGGCGAGUCAGUCGGUAUAGACCAACGUUCACGCUUGGAUUGGAGUAUCGGAGCAACCAGUCCAGGAACAUAUACAUAUAUGUAUGAGGAAUGUAAUCUGUGUCCGAUGACCCAUUCAUUACCUGUAUACGACGCGCUGCAAUUUACAAACUGCCAAAUUUCAUCCAGGUCGCCGGAAAAGAAGCUGUAGGCGAUCCUUGAGAAGAAGCACCAUUGAAAACCUGCGGCAGAUCAGGCGUCGGUAAUCGAUGGGUUGAUAACGUUCUUUGUGCCAUUCUCUUUUCGUUAUCAGGGUGUGUAGCUUACCUAUGAGCCAUGCUGAAGGUGGUUGGAGCCUCGUGGUUGCAGACUCGCAUCUCCACCUACAUCCUCGUGGCCGUUGCUCUCAUCGGCAUCGGCGCGAUCAUCCUUGGCGAAUUUGACUUUUUACAUGUUGAAAAAGAUGGAAUCUACUCGGCUACCGUAUCAUGGAAUCACAAGGGAGGAUGUCAUAUCGAAUUUUGGGGUCAAGGCAACGACCUCGCCAAUGUGAAACUGAAUGUCGCCCGUGCGUAUUAUAAGACCAGCAUCUUUGAAUCUGGAUGGUCCAUCAUCGAAAUAGAAACAUCAUCCAAAUAUCCGGAUGACGUGCAAGCUUACGCGGCUGGUUUAUUAGAGGGUAGUCUAACAUGGCAAUUGAUCUAUCAUCAUUGGUACAAUACUGUCAACACCGUUUGCGAGAAAUGGGCUGCGGAAUGUUGGGAAUUGAUGAAUUUCUUUCGCGAAAAUACUGCCAUUGUUCGCAAACGUGCCGAACACUUGGCAGCCACAGAUCCAUUUUGGCACAUGGUACGAUUAUUUUAUAUUCAAUUGGACGGCUUAGAGGCUGGCUGGAAAUACGCGGUUCGUCGUAGUCGGCAAACAGUAGAAAUAAACACGGAUCAUUUCCUCUGGCUGGCAAUAGCUGCAGAUCUACCGGAUCUCGAGCAAAUGGUGAAGAAUUUUAAUUCUCAAAGUAACUGCAUUAAAGGCAUGAUUUUCCUUAAAAGUCUACCUCGCGAAGGAAUGGAGCCGUUGAUAGCUAUUGGACAUAGCACUAUUGCACCAUAUGCUAAAAUGCUGAGACUGCUAAAGAAGUACACUUUUGGUUAUCACCUAUUGCCAAAAACUUCCGACCAGGUACUUCUCCCGGUACCAGGCAGAUCCGUUAUAAUGUCAUCUUAUCCUGGUGCUCUAUCGUCCCAUGACGAGUUUUAUGUAAUUCAAGGUCAGAAUCAUGAAUUGAUUGUUGCCGGAAUUCCGUGGGUAAACGCUAACCGCAGUUUGUGGAAUUUUACAAAUGCAAAAGAUCAGGUGAUGUCAUCCGUGAGAGUAAUGACGGCGAAUCGUUUGAAGACUAACGGGCAACACUGGUUUGAUAGCAUAUCGAAGCAAAAUAAUGUCAGUAUAGAACGACAAUGGGUCAUUUUAGAACCGCGUUUUGGUACGAUUUUGCUUAUCAAGCCGGGAAUCACUCGUAAGACGCAAAUCAACAAACAAUUUGCUGGCAGCUUUUGGAUUACCGAAGAAAUUCGUUUGUACAAAAACAAUGAAACUAAUAGAAAUUCUUAUGAUACGGUAAAAAACGACCUGCUCGCGAAAUUGCAAGCUAACGUCACUACAAUGGAACAAUUUAUGAGAUUAAUGCGAGGAUACAAUCACGAGACAUCUAUCAUCAAAAACGAGGAACAAGCGCAAAUUUUGACUUACAGAGGAGAUCUAGAGAAAGUAGCUCUACCAUUUGGUGUGAUUGAUGCGAAGAUUGUGCUGGCCGACAUCAAUGGUAUAGAGACUUUUGAAGCCAUUUCUGGACCGAGCACAUUAGGCUCCAAGCAGCCGUUCCAAUGGUCGAAGACUUUUCCCAACGUCUCGCAUGUCGGCCAGCCCGAUAUCUUCAAUUUUGAUAGCGUUACUCCUCUGUGGGUUUGGCUUUGAAUGAUUUAUUUUCAAAAGUAAUAUUUGAUGAAAUACUUUAACAAUAGAAUUUAUCAGAUGAAAUCUGUAAUUUGAACAAGUUUUGAAACAAAUUCAAUAUGAAGUCUUUAAUUUGGAUAGCUUUUAAAAGGGGCAAAUUUGAUAUAAUUAUUAUAAAACAAUGUCUAUAAUAUUGGACAACAAAAUACAACAAAUAUAUCUGAAACACGUAUAAAUUAAUACGUACGCAUGUUAUAUGCGUAUUUUAAUUUUAUAAAAAAAAUAAAAUUAGAAAUAAACAGGAAAAACAAUUAAGACAAUGUUUACUUUCUUAAAUCAUCGAUUCAUCUAUAAUAAUU